AUGGUUAAAGAUUCAGCAAACGGCCAUGCGCCAAUCAAUUCUUCGUACUACUGUCAUGUCACGAAAAUUGAGAAAAACAAGAAACCACAAGUAUUUUCAGUUUUUGGUGAAAUUAAAUUACCUAAGAUAGUGACUGGGGAAUACAAAUGGGACAGACCAACACAGGGACUCAUAUUAGGAGCUUUCUUUUGGGGUCAUAUUUUCACACAUAUACCCGGUGGGCUGCUAUCAGUUAAAUUUGGUCCAAAAUGGGUGGCAUUCUGUAGUAUACUUAGUUGCGGUUUAGUGGAACUAUGCAUUCCAAUCUCAAGUCAUUUAAGUUAUAUAACAGUAAUUAUUCUACGCAUGAUUGAAGGCUUGUUACUGGGUGCACUAUCACCGGCAAUCGGUUGUCUUUUGGGGAACUGGGCACCUCCGGGUGAGAAAAGUAGAUUUGGCUCGCUGAUUGGUUGCGGCACACAGUUGGGGACAGUUAUCGGACAGAUACUUGCCGGUGUUAUAUCUUAUCCACGAUUGGUCGAUUUAAACACUGAACCACAAACAUUCAUGUACAUCUCCUACUGGCCAUACGUUCAUUAUCUAUUCGGUGUAUUAAAUGUAUUAUUUGCUUUGUUAUGGUCUGUUAUUGUCUAUGACAGGCCACAGAAACAUCCAUGGAUUAGUAAUAAUGAAAAACAGUAUCUUAUCGAAAAUAUUUAUAAUGAUGUCAAUGCAAUUAAUACAGUCAAUCAAGCGGAGAAACCAAAUAUUACUGAUAAAGCAGAGAAAAGUAUAGAAAAUGGGAAAAUGUGAGUCGUUGCAAGUUGUCACAGUGAACGUUUUUAAGAAGCUAUUUUGUCUAAGAAAACAAAUGUCAGCGUUAAUACGAUAAAGACAUGUUACUGAACAACUUUAAUUACUGUAAACACCUUCAAAGACAAGUUGUACUUAUCUCAUAGAUUGCAGUGUUUCAAACACCAGAUGGUUACCUCGAAUUCAUGGUGUACGGUGAAUUGUUUAUUUAACUUCAAUUCAUUCAAAUUGAACAGUUGAG